UCUACACAGUGACAGGAAAGAGCCACUCCCUCUUACCUGCAGAAACACUGCUGAACCUCUUCACCUUUGCCGGGCCACCUUCCAACACUGGACUGCUUAGCAGUUUCCCAGGAAACUUUGUCCUCUUAUAUAUCCUUUUAAAUAUCGUUUUUGAUAAAAACAUUACACUUGUCCUCUCUGUGAAAGCCAGGCUUUCUGUCUUGUGUUUUCGAUCAUUAUAUGAUAUAUAUAUAUAUUUGUGGACACACUUGUCCAAGGUGUGUAUUUUUCUUUCUGAGCUGCUGUGAUGCUUUGUGUUCCAAGGGUUUCCCUCCUGAGGGAGACUGGGGUGACUGCACCUGAACCCUGGAAAAGAGGCAUGGAGAAAAGACAAAAAGAAAAAGCCUGCAGCUGGAUAAUAAACUCCUAAUGUCUUAUGCAGCUUAAGGGAAGGACUCAAUACUGAAGCGGAGAUGCUAACUACCAGUUGUUUGGAACGUGAGGAUAAGCAGCUUGGGCUAAAAUGGUGGAGCUAACUCCCAACUGUGUGAGGUGGGAGGAGAGGCUGGUUGUCAUACAGAGGGAGGGACUCAGAGAGCAUGGAGCUUCAUUCACUCUGCUAAAAUCACACACACACACACACACACACAUGCGCCGCGAAGCUGUUCUCAGGCUGAAAGAAAAGGGGGCAGCGAAGAAGAGGACUGAACGCUCUCUGAGUGGUGACAGACAGGAAAAACAGAGACACUGAUUAAGGCCAAAGUGGGGCAAAGUGGUUCAUCAAACCCUGGAGAGCAGGGAGGUUUUAGAUCCUGUGACCUGAUCCAGGUGGAGGUACCAGGCCUCAGCUCCCAGGACCAACCUCCAGGAUGUCCCGGAGGCGGUCUACAGGGGACCUUGUGCCCAGGGACAUCACUGAGAUCUUAGCCCGGGAGGCGAGGGUUCAGCGUGGGCAGAAGAAGCAGGGUAGCUCCCUGGGGCAGGCCUUCAGCUGGUUAAAGGGGAGCCGGAGGAAGAAAAGCCUCAGCAAUAGGCUGAACCGAACUGGUAUUGGGGUAACGGAUGCUAAACUGGGACUUCAGAAUCAUGAACCUGCAAAAGCUGGCCCGAAAGGGAAUGAAGACCAGAAGAGGUUGACCGUCCACUACAGGACGUCCCAGCACUACCAGGAGAAUGUUUUCAUCGAGGGCAGCAGGCCACAGUACCUGGAGGACCUGCACACUGAGGCCAAGAAGGGGCUCAAGAUACUACAGCAGGAAGAACACACCAAUGGAGUGAACUUUCCUGACGAUGAGAGCAUUGCUUCCACAGACACUCUGCGUCCGGAGCAGGAUGUCAGCUCCAAGGACAGAGGUGGCUCUCCGGAGUCGAGAUCCACCGCUGGGAGUACUGAUACCAUAGUAUCUUCUGCUGUGUCGACUAGGCCUGUGCUCACCCGCCAAGGUUCUACAUUCAAGCCUCUGAAUCCAGUGAAAAGACUAGAUAAGGGCAGGAAGAGGAGCAGGAGGACCACCAUCAUGGGCAUCCCCAACCAGGUCCAAAAAGAGCUUGCAUUGCACAGAAACUCUACCUUCCAGCAGCUUCCAGCAGCUUCCUCUAAUCACGACGGAAAUGUCACCAACAGCCAAUCAGGUGUUGUAAUCAUUCCUACGGUUGAUGGAGGGUCUCCAGUAGCGAAUAAGGAAGGAGCAAGGGUGCACCUUUCAGACCUGGAGGCCUCCAAAGAUGAACAGCUGCUGAGGAACCACCUCCAGGAAAUGUACCAAGACGAGCAGCCUUUCAACCACCAGGGCAUUGCCUCCUAUGCCUGUCCCACCUCAACCCUGAGACCCAAGUCCCUUGCACUACCUGGCAUGAUCACGUCCUCAUCCUUGUGUCCUUCAACAGUGUUUAGCUUCCUCCAGGAACCCCAGGGUCCAGUGAUGUCCAUGUCUCCCCAGGCCACCUACUUGUCCACAAUCAUCCCUAACGCUGUCUUGCCAGCCUCGAUUGAAGUCAUAGAGAUCGACCGCAGCAGCAGUCAGACGCGUGGCAGCAGUGUAAACCAUGGCGGUAGUGUUCGCACUGUAAGCAAAAGCAGCCUUGCAUCCGGGGACUUAUCAAUCAGCCCGUUUUUGUCCAGAAGAUCAGGUGGAGAUGGUUCCCAGACUGACAAUUCCCACGAGGACUCCACACUGAUGCCCACAUCGGCAUUGGGGAUGAACUGGAGCGCGUCACAGUCUCCAAAGGCCAUUAAUUCAAACUCCUCCCCGGUAUCCUCUAAGAGUAGCACACGUAGUGGCACUACACAGAGAGUGGGUCCGAAUGGGUGGGACAGCCAAACAGAGCAGUCUAGUGGGGACCAAGACCUUGCUAGUCUCUGUAGCUUAGUUAGCAUGAUUGGCAGCUACAACAUAAAAAGGGAAAAUGUAGUUACAGGUGAAGAAUAUGAGUCUGAUGUUUCAGGGUCAGUGGCUGCUGGGGACGAAGCAAAGACUAGACUAAAUUCCACUCGCAGUCUGUCGGUUACGAAGACCAAGCAACCCCCAGCACCUCCACGGAGAACCAACUCUCUGCAUAAUAAUAAGAUCAAGAGCAACUCCAGGGUUCUGGUGGAUAUCGAUGACUCCGUGUCUGGACAAGUGGCAAAUGCCAAAGAAAAUAUUGUAGCAACGGGUGAGAUCAAAUCAGUUACUGCAGAUACCAGUAUGAUCCCCACCUUCGUAUCAGACUCCACGGGGUCCAGCUGUGUAAAUGCUACCUCCAGUUCUUUGAGCACCACACAGGCAUCAUGUAGUGAGGCAGGCGGAGCAACAGAGGCAGAAUCCAGCAGCUCCUCCCCACAGAGAACUCCCUCGGAAGGGGGGAAAUUUGAACGGACCAUGUCCCCUUCCAGUGGUUACUCCAGUCAGAGUGGCACUCCGACACUCUCUCCAAAAGGGAUCUCCCCGACUUCUCCUGACAAACAGAAGAAGAAACCCAUCAAACCAGAGAGAUCGGUGUCUCGAGCCUCAUCCUCAGCAGCUUCCCCUUCCUCCUCACUUACCUCUCUAUCAUCUGGCGCAUCUGAGUCUAUCAAUCCCGAUGUCUCCACAUGUAGCCCCAGUCUGCCUCCGCAGGGAUCUCCACCCACUGUUACUGCUAAAGAACGCACUCCCGAUAACAAUUCUUUGACUUUGAGGGUUGAAGUCAGAGAGCUGUUAAACAUCCCGCCACCUCCCAAAGUCAAAGCUCCAUGUCCUCCUCCUCCUGAGACAUGGGUUCACAACAGACACACCUUUCAGCUCCUAUGUGGACCUUGCCCUAAUGUCGGCACAGUAACCCAGAAACCAGCACAGAUACAAGACAGCACAGUGAAGCAAGCAGGAACCCAGACAGAAGCCAUUAAGGAGAUGCACGUUGUAGUUGAAAAACAAUCAGCUAUAGACAAAUCUGUCUUAGAACUGUCAGAAAGGAAAGCAAAGCCUGAGACUUUGUUAGAAACAGGCACUAAAGGUGUUCACAAGGAGACGGAGAAAAGGGAAUUUCCAAGUACCGAACGAGAGAGCAUGGAAGCAAGUGCAGACGUUCAGAAACAAGAGCAGAGUAGUAGCCCUCCAGGGAAGGACCCUGAGAGUCCAAAGAAAGAUCCUCCUCCUGUCAUGAAGAAACCCAUGGCAGUACUGCACAGAGAGGAACUGGUGUCAACAGAACACUCAGUGGACAGACAAAUAAAAUUGAGUAGCAGUGCCACGACAGAAGUUAAUUUACCUGUUGAGAACUAUACAGCCUUCUCACAGCACGGGGUUAUAAUUUUAGUUCACAAGAGUGAUCACGAGAUGGACAAAAGUGAGGUCACAUCCAUGCAGACGCUUUCUGUAGAGGUCCCCAAAAUUAGUAAGGCCUCGCCACCACCAACCCCUCCCCCGGCAUAUCACCCUACACCUCCUCUGCCAAGAAAGACACCUACUUCAUCGGUGUCUGCGCAACCAGAUGAAUUACAGAGGCUACAGGAAGAGACUCAUGUCGUAGAGUCUUGCUGGCCACCUCCUCCACCUCCUAUGGAAGAAGACUUGUUGUUUGGAGGAGACGAGGUGGACUUUCCUCUACCUCCUCCACCCUUUGUGACAGACAGUGUGGCAAAUGGGAAGGACAGUUGUCUCGCAAAGCUGGAUGUCCCAAGGAGACCCAUAGAGGAAGUCGGAGAGACAUUUGAGGAUUCGAGUGAAGCUGGGACAUCUGUACAUGGUCAAAUUCCAGAUGUGUGCCCUGCUGUUCCACAAGCGGUUACUGACACCAAACCAGGGGUUGCUUUGCAAGUUUCAAAAGCUAACACCGCUGAUGGGAUUUCUUGCAGACCUGUGCAACAAUGUUUAGCUGUUUCAGACAGUGUCCCACCUCCCCCAGUGAUUUCAUCCUCUUUGCCACCCAUUGCAGGACCAGAGAACCCAGCAUCAGUCUCUGAUUUAGACCCUUCCAGCAGUUUCCGGAAGCGAGACUCUCUGAAAAUGGAAGAUCAGCCUCCCUCCGAGCUUCUCGUCAGUGCCCAACCUCAGAUUUCUGUCCCAGUGGCACCCCCUUUUCCAGCAGAGAAUUUAUUUCCUGGUGUUCAUUUCAGAAGGCAGCCCAGUAUACAAAACCGAGAGGCCAGAAGCAAGGAGCUCCUUUCCCGCCACAAAAGUGCAGCCAUUCCCAAAGAGGAUGCCAACAUACCUCUAGUCACCCCCUCCCUGCUUCAGAUGGUUCGUCUCAGAUCAGUCAACAUGACUGAAGAUCAGGUGAAAGCUCCAUCGGAGGACAAGUCAACAAACCAGGGCGCUUCAGAUCAGGAGAAUUGCCCAGUUUCAAUCCCGGGACCUCAAACCACUCCACAGAAGCCCCUCCGAAAGUCCCUGUCACUUAAAUCUUCCCCUCAGACACUAAAGACAUCUUCUGGGCUAAUAAACACUCCAUCCAUGCGCUUACAGGAAGCCAUACGUAUGAAAACGGCAGCCAUGUCUUCAAGAGAUGGUCUUCCAUCCCGUCUGGGUGUGAGAUCGUCCACUUACAGCUCUGUCGGUGAACACGGGGCUCUGUCCCUGAAAUCCCCUGAGGGAUUUGACAUGCACAUGUCCCCAGCCUCUACCGCCAGCUUCAUCUUCUCGAGGAGCACAAAAACGGUUGUCAUAGAGACUCCAGCCGCCUCCUCCACUGAAGCUCAGGCAAGUCUGAAGCAAAGCUUGGCGGCUGAGCUCAUGCAGGCCCCCGUUUUCUCCAAUGGUGGGGGGAAGUUGGACAAAGUUCCUCCUCCAGUCGCAAAGAAACCAGCCCAUGGGAGCAUCAGUGCUUCACAGCAUCUCCCUGCUUGUUUAGCAAAGAUGGACUUCAGUGUUGAAGGAAACAGAGUAAUAGCAGGAGUGCAUCAUAUGAGUGGAAUAAUACCUUCUGAGACAACAACUACAAGAGUGACAGCGGACACAAUUGAAACACUGUUUUAAAAAAACAGUGAACCAGGCUCAUGCCCGAGGAACAAGCAAAGACUACGAGCAAGUAAAAGUACAACUCACAGCAAGGACUGACAUUACUGAGACGUACAAGUCAACUAUCAGAGUGGUGUGUGUGUUAAGUCUUCUCCAAAAGCCUUAGCCUGUAAUGGCCUUCUUACAUAUUAAUGCAAAAAAUGUGUAGCUCCCCAUUUCUUAUGAUAGCUUUAUUCUGGAGUAUUUUUCUAAGCUAUAGUUUUUCUCUUACUAAGGCGCCUCAGGAUGAAAUGGGGUACAUUGGCUUGACUGUAAAUAUUUGGCUUGUGUGAGAUCGCCUCCCAGAGGUAGCUAUUAGUGGCCACUGCAACUCAGAGAAAAAGAUUUGUCUUGACAAAGCAUUCCUGUACGGUCUUUAAGUCUUCUUUGCCUGUUGUUACAUAAUGCAUAAUGAAGCGGUUGUCAGGAAAAAGCUGACGAUGGCCUCCACGGCAGGACACUUUAGCAUUUUAUCACCUUCUUGGCUUAAAGAUCGGCGUAAAAACUAAUUGUCACACUCAGUUCUAGUCCUGCUUUUCACUGUGAGGAUAGCUAUAUCUGGAAUUGUAUUUGAGAAAAAGGGAUGCUGCAUACUCACCAAGAAUGAGAGGAAGACAUUUUGUCAAUUAGACAGAAGCACUUUUGUGAAGCUACACAUGAUAAACCGUUAAGAUUUAUCGCAGAAAAGCAUCCGAUUAUAGGAACUGCUAAAAUGUCGAUUAGAUAGAAUUUUUAGUAAAGGCCAUCAGAUCUGGGAAAUCUUUGACGACAAUGGUAAUAUAAGCAAUCCUAUUUAUUUAUGUGGUUGUUUCCACUUGUAGCACUGUCUGUCACCUUUUCCUUCUAAAUAUGAAAUAUUUAAGAAACUAUUUCAUCUGGCAAACCACUCUUAGGGCAAUGGAUGUAACGGUUGGCCCUGGAUGACUGAUACACUGGAGUAGACAUAGCAAGAGGUCAAUGUUUUUUAUUAAAUGUUCUGUAUCCUUUGGCCCAUGCCUUUUUGGUGGAAAAUCCAACUCAUUACUAUUUGCACAAAAAAUGCUUUCCCCCAGCAAAAUCAUUGUGAGUGAACUGACUCUUUGUAAUGGGUCGCAAAUCAACGUCUUGAUGAUUAUAAAGAUUUUAUGUACAGUUACUUCUAAAAAAUAAAAUUUAAGUGUAUUAAAA